AUGGCAUAUACAAGAAGUAUUAAUAUUCGGAAAGAUUUCCGAAUCCCACAAUCCUGCAAUGAGAGUUGCAGAUUUGUGGUGGUGGUGCAGCAUAUAAUAGGUCAAGUAAUAUAUCUUGGACCUUUGGGAAUAGUCGUACGAGCUUCAUUUCCGACAAGCUUAUUCGAUCAUUUCUCGCGUUUGUUUGUUAUUGUUUACACUCCAGGUUAUCGGAAAAUACAAUGCGAUGUUUCAUUUGAUUGGAAGAGAGGCCUUGCGAACACAUAA